CGCGUUCUAACAAGGGACGCCAACAACCUCACCUACGGACCCUCACCUUCAUUGAAACUACAUCACAUCUUUCACAACGGCAAACGACAACAAAUUCGGUUUGCCGACAUGGCUCAUUUCAGAGGGUCGGUCGAUGGCACCCCGCCCAGGUCAGGAUUCUUCAAUUCCUUCGGCUCGGUUCCCAGUCCCGAUGGCCAUUCAAUGAGCCCCGAGGCAGUUCACGAGAACCUCCUUGACACUGCUUUGAGAGAGCACAACCGUGUCCGCGAACAAGCUAUCCGCGUAUUCCAAAACAACCAGCUGCGAGAGGCGCAGUUGAAAUUGUUACAAGAGGAGCGCCAAGAGAAAGAGCGCCUGAGACUUGAACAAGAACUCGCAGACGACCGCGCCCGAAUCAUCGAACUGCGCAAGAAGACAGUACCAAUCCCCGAGCUUCCUCCGCGCGUGAAAACGCCCCCUCCUCCACCAGCGCCACCUACUCCCCCGACUCCAGAACCACCCCAGAAAGCUGCGGCGGCAGUUGCGCAGCCACAAGCUCCCCAGCAAGCCGCUGUUCCCCAAGCUGCGCCAGUUGUGACACAGCCGGUAGCAGUGCCACAAGCGCCUCAAACACUACAACCUGCUCCAUCUACAAUCCAAGCUCAACCCGUGGCUGCGACACAAGCACCAGCUGCAGCUGCGCCUAUCACGAUAAGCACCGAACCCCCACCAUACAUCCUCCCGGGAGCACAGAGAUACCUCGAAAUACACCAAAACCUAAAACGUCUGCGCCACUUCAUUAUCGACAAUGGCAAGAAAGACCCAGCGCUUAAAAAGAAGACUGGCGAGAUGCGCCGCGAAAUUAGAAAGUCUGUCGGACAGCUUACGAGCGGGAGGGGAGCAACGACGAUACCCAAAGGCAAGAUUCACAGCGUGCUUCUCGAGUCGCUCAGAGGUCUCCAAAGCCCCCCCGUGGACCCAAACAUGGUCACGGUCACCCCCAGGUCUCCAGUGGAUGGAGCAGUUAACAACGGCGAACUCCCAGCGCUAUUCAUCUACCUCAUGAACAUAUUCGCCAAAGCCGUCGUCGCCCAAUUCAUCGACGAAGCCGGCGUGACAACAAAGGCAGCCGAGCCGAUCGGCGUCGUCGCCGUUUCCAUAUUCGCCAACAAAGACUUCGUCUGGCGCAACGAAUCUCUCAUCGACAUCCUGAUGUGCAAGAUGCGCGUCUCGUGCCCGGUCCUCUUCGGGCUCCGCGGCAACGAAAAGACAGAGGAGGGACGCGCGCGGUUGGGAUGGAAGAAGGAUGGUGGACAGUGGGUUAGUGAUCAGGUGCACAACACGCGCAUGACGGGCCUUGGAGCGGGAUACGCAGCCAUCGCACUACGGGAUUUCUCAAAGACGCAGAUGAAGAAUCCGUGGUCGCCUUCGAAUUACUGGCGCACAUUAGCCAGCAUCGUCGACACGCCGCCGGAGGAGGCCUCGAAUACGCAGUACACGGUGCUCAAGGCCAUGAUUGAGAACUCGGAGCAGCGAUUCUUGCAGUUCUAUGGGGAUGUUGGGAGGCAUGCGAUGUUUGUCGCGCUAGUUGUGUUCCCGGCGCGCGCGCUGGAUCAGUCUGUGGCUGUCAAGGCUUUGGCUGUUCUGGGUGAUAAGUUGAGGAGGGAUGUCGGGUUGCAGUUUAAGCUGCCUACGCCGAGAAUUGGUGGGUUCAGCACUGGGCGGCCGAUCUGGGGAUGAGCGGACUGCCUGGGUAAGGUAGCCGGUCGGGAUAUCUCAAUUUUUUCAUUCAUCGAACAGGAUUCGAAAUGGGAGGAAUAGAAUGGAAGAAGGUUGAAGAAUCGUCUGCAUGAAAAGGUGUGAUGAUCGCGUACGGAAUGUAAAUAGAAGGUGGAAUGAAUCAUGAUAGAGGGAAAGUCAGCACUGGACUGGUCGAAUGAGGCCAAAAUGUAUAUAUUGGCGGCAAAGCUUGUCAUGUAGUCAGGCGACAUAAUGGAAACAAAC